ACAAACUGAGGCCAUCCCAGUCCCAGUCCCAGUCCCAGACCCAGGGCUGCUCGGUAGGCCUAACCUCCAGCUUUCCAGGCCCCACUAUGAGCAUAUAGCCGCCACCCAUGAAGAACCAGAGCGCCGCACGCCACCGGGGAACUUCCACAGCUCGUCCACACCUCUCUCAAAGGUCACUGGCCUCUGAGAGGAGACCGAUCCGGUUUGGCUUCAGAUUCUCAAUGAGAGUGAAUUCGGAUGAGCGUUUCACUCUGCUGAAGAGAUGGCAAACGUACUCAGGCUCUAUACGGGAAUACUAACAGCUCUGGCCUUAUGCAAAUACUGUCGGGCAGAGUGGAAUUCCACCGAGUCUGCCAAUCGAACUGUGUCCCUGUGUCGUCUCCAUGGCAACCACAACAACUGCACAGAGACGGGACAGUGGCAUGGCCACUUCUCCACGUGUCCGAAGGAGCUGUCGUAUUAUUGUGUCCACGGAGAGUGUCGUUACAUUAAGGAGCAGAAAGCACCGUCCUGCAGGUGCCAGAGCGGUUACAUCGGUUCCAGGUGUGAAUAUGUGGACCUGGACUGGCAGAUAGGAGAGAGGAGACAAAUCAUAAUAGGCUGUGUCAUUGCAGGGCUGGUACUCCUCAUGGUUCUCAUCGUUUUCAUCUGCAUGUGUCCACAUCGCAGAUGCAAACUGAUCUGGAGGCGGGGCAGACGGAGGGAAAAACCGGGAAACGGGACGGAGAAGCUCAGCAUGAUGGACACCGGCACAAGUGUAUCAGCAGAGACCACCGAAACGACGAAUACCAACUCAGUAUGAGCCCCACCGGUCUAUGAACGGUGUAGAAUAAAGAGGUCUAGUGAUGCCAGGGAGCCGUAGGACGUCCCUGACAACCCGGGCCUGAAAGCAAGAAGCCCUCAGGAUAAAAACGUCUCUGGCUGGGGCUUGAAAGCCGGGAGUUUGCUCCGAUCCUUUUAAAGAAAAGUUUCCUUUGCUCUCCUGGAUUUAUGAGGAGCUCAAGCUCCACGGGCUGCACGUGCCACCAGCAGGCAGGCUUUCUGUUUUUUUACUCGCUGGGGAGUAACAGAUGAGCGCGACCCGCCGCUGAGCGCUCGGCACCAAAUGACACGUUGCCGUGUUGGAAAAAGCCGUGACAGCAGCUGGCGGCCGGCGAUAACAGGCCAUCAGGCCGGCCUGAGAUUGGCUCGUAAUGGAGAUACAUUCACUCUGUCAAACAAGAGGAGAGGAUGUUACCAAGCAGUCAGCCUGCCUGUUUCCUUUCGAGUUGUGUUGAAUGCUCCUGUUAGCCCGAUUCUUUAGUUGGAA